GCCGCAUACGUGAAAAAGCGAAGUUGCAAAACGAAGCAGAAACAGCGCAAACGCUAGAAAAGAGCGGCAGGGCCAAAAAUUAAGUGAAAAAGUGGUCAUAAAAACGCCGUCAAAAUUAUUAAAAACGCUCAAAACGCAGGCCGAAAGUCGCUGACUAAAAUGGCUAUACAGCUGGACAAGAUUCUGGCGGACAUUUCCAAGGAAAAGGCCCUGCAUCCAAACAACGCCAGUGCCACCAAACAGGAGCAGGAUGACGCCUGGGCGCGCAUUGGCCGCCUCAACAAGCUGACUGUGCACGAGUCGCGCUCCAUUUUCAUAGUGCUGCAAAAAAAAUAUGAGCAGGAGAAACUGAAAGGUAACUCUGGCUGGAAAUUGUUUGGGCUCAUGCAAAAAAUCCACCAGGAGCCCAAGACGGUAGUCAAAACCGAAGAUGAGCAAUUGCCCAUGGAGGAAGUGGAGGAGUAUGAAAUGCUGGAGGUGCAGGAGCAGGAAGAAGAUGACGAUGAUAGCUCUGCCACUACGACUCGGCAACAAUAUGGCCAGCCAACCAAUUCCACUGGUUCAGCCAGCUCGGAUGGCGACAGUCCCACAAAAUCGAAUAGCACUGGUGGCGGCACACCCGAAAAAGAGGAUAAACCAUACGCUAAGCCCAUUGUGGACACGCCACGUCCAGCAUUCGAGGAGAAGAAGCUGCUCAAUACCAUGGCCAACAACAAUCCGCAACGCUCACAGACCAACUCACAGGCCAAUGCUGUGUCUGUGGCGGCAGCGGCACUUCAAAAGAAGGGCAUUACCUUGAAAAAGACGCCGAGCAGCGUCGCAGCUGGACAUAAAUCCACGGCAGCGGCAACGGCGCAACAACACCAAUCGAACAGCAAUAAGGCCUCCACGGCCUCCGUACGCACCACCAUCCAACUUCCCGAUUCGAUGAAGCGCAAGUUGUCGGAUGAGUGCGCCAGUUCGGCAUCACAAAAGAAACUCCAGAAAACACAGACUAGCCCCAAGGGUAGCCAGGCAGCAGCUGCUGCUGCUGCUACUGAACCUUCAACUCCAACUUCUGCCCCAGCCAAUGUGGUGCACACGACCACCGCUCAGUUACUGCAGGUGAAGAAAGAGCGUGAGAGCAAUCAAUCACCGCCGCCGGGCAUUAACAUCAUAACCAUACCUGCCGCUUCGCAGCAGCUGAACGGCAAUCUCGGCGGUGGCGGCGGUGCCAACUCUUCGACGGGGGCUACAAUGGCCUCCACAUCGGUGGCCAGCACCAAUGGGUAUUCUCCGCACCUCGAGGAGCUGGACUUUAAGAACGAAAUCAUAUUUGACUCGAGCAAAGUGAAUGCCGGCUCCCAUAACACAGCGGAAAUUAUUAAUUUGGGUAACUUUGAUAACUCGCUGCCGCCGACCUUCUUCAAGAAUCUAUGCAAUUCAACGCGCCAUGAGGCACUCGGUCUCUAUGUGGCCAAUGUGAUGAAUCGAAUCUCACAACGCGCCGCUGCCAAACUGGAGCUGGGCAUACUACGUGCCAUUGUGGACGUGCAAAGCGAUGAGCUGGAGCAGUAACAACUUGAUAAAGAUUGACGGAAAGAAACAGAAGAAACCCCUUUUUAGAGAUAGUCUAGUAGAGAGCCGUUUAAUUAACGAUAUUAUUUGCGUUUACACGAGCCUGUUUACAUUCGGCGGACAAACGGAAAAAUACAAUAUAUUCAAGAAAUAUAUAUGUAUAAUUUUUUAGCAGAUUUUAAAAUAUUUAACUAUGCUCCUCUUCAACUAGGGUUAGUUUCAACAUUUAUUUAAUGACUUAUUCUAUUAAUUUUAGGCAUACUUCGCCAGCUAUUUGAGACGUGUAAACUGAACAAGCAGCUUUCGAAUUUCUAACUUUUACUCUUUAAUUGGCGCACAAGCAUCAGCUAUUGGCAACAAUAUGACCUAAGCAACAAUAGUUAAGUGUAAGAAGCAUAUGUUUUUCUAAGAACUCGUGUAAGCUACGCAUUUUAAUUAUAAAUUGCUACGUUUAUGCAAAGUGCCCAGAUCUUAUUUUAUAUUUAUAUAUUAAUAUAAAUAUAUAAAUUAAAGUGAUUUUAUAAGCUGUAUUGCCAGGAUUACGAGGCGCUUUGCUUAAACGUAAAUAUUCCCAGCCAUCUACCCCUUCCAUUCACCAAAUUCAUUCAUAGACUUUAGUAAAUAAGUUCGUAAACCAUUUCAUUAAAUUAUAUGAUAAAUAAAGACGCAUUAUAGCUCACUUA